AUGCCGCCUCCCGGCCCGUUAUUCCUGGAGUCUAAUGGCAGGACGGUCACGCUAUCAAAGGUCUCCCGCCUCUACACGGAUACCCAUAGUGACUUUGUCCACGGAAUCUACGAAUCCAACGGGACUUACAAGGUUCUUGGCUUGACCGAUGCUGAUUGGGGCUACCCCUUGAUUCCAGUCCCAUCCCGCCUCUAUAGCGGAGCCAACUCUGGGCCACUGGCCGGGAAAAGAAUUGGCGUCAAGGAUAUCUACGACAUCAAGGGACUCAAGUCCACUCUAGGAAGCAAAGCAUGGACGCAGAUGACCACCGAGGCCAACGCAACUGCUCCUUCUAUCCAGCGCAUCAUUGACCUCGGCGGGACCGUCGUAGGGAAGCAGAAAACAUCUCAAUUCGCUUCCGCGGCUCACGCAUGGGAGUGGACCGAUGUGUACUACCCUCAGAACCCCCGCGGUGACGGAUAUCUCAGUUGUUCGGCGUCGUCUGCUGGCGGUGGUUGUUCCAUUGCCGCAUACGACUGGCUCGACUUGGCCAUCGGGUCGGACACUGGCCAGUCUAUGCGCCAACCGGCGGCGUUCUCGGGAACGUUUGGAAACCGCCCGUCGCAAGGACUCAUGGUCUUGGACGGAGUCAUGCCUAUUUCAUACGGUGCCGACACGGGCGGUGUAUUUGCACGUGAUCCUCUGGACUGGGUGAAGUUCGCUAAGCUUUGGUACGACCCUUCGCUUCACCAAGAUAGCAGCCUCAAUGGGCUGCCCGAGCUUGAGGUUCCAGAUUCUCGUGCGUUUCCGAAGCGGAUUCUGUAUCCUACCGACCACCUUCCGCUGCAGAACCCGGCUGCUGAAGCCGUUCUACAGAGCUUCCUAGCCCGCAUCAGCAAGGCCAUGGACUUAACGGUGUCGAAAGUCAACAUCACGGAAACAGUCGAGACCGUCACUGGUCGAGAUCUUGGCGGGAUCCUGGCUGAUCUAGGUACCAUCUGGACCUACACACAGCUCAAAGUUGUGGCAACACCUCUGAUUGCACACUACAGCCCUGAUUUCCCUUCCCUGGAUAGGCCGUACCGAACUACCUUCCGGGAUUUUAACCUAGACGCCAAAGGUCAUACCGAAGCGCUUGACCGCAGACGCCAGGACUCCGACGCCUGGCAUCGUGAGGUGUUGUUCAACACGACCGAGAGCUGCUCCGAGUCCAUCAUGAUUUACGACAUUGGUACAGGUGGACUUCCCUCCUUUAGAGAGGCCGAGUUGAAUGAUUCCCCCGGCGCUGCCUUGCCUGACGGUCCUGGAACUCGAGGAGCUGCUUCUUCCCUUGCGUCUUACUUUGGAAGCGCAGACUUCACCAUUCCGAUUGGUCAGGUGCCUUACUACAGCAACGUCACCUACCGAGAAGAAAUGAUGCCAGUGACUGUCAACAUCGUGGCCAGGAGGGGUUGCGACUUUGUCUUGUUUAAUCUGGUCGAGGAGUUGACGAAGCUGGGAGUCUUGGGGCCUGUUACUACUGGUUCGCGAACCUUUGUAUGA